CAAAAACUUUGCAAAGACGUGGGUGCGUGACAUCUCACCUCCCUCCCAUAGCCCCCUCUCAUUGCUGGGUCCUGGCCCGUGAAGUCGUCCACGCCUCGGCGUGGGUGAACCAACCCGACAAAGCAUGUGGCAGGGACUGACGAGGCACAUAUAUAAAGGACUUCAUGACGGCCGUAAGCCUGCAGUGCAAAAUCCACAACCACCACCCCGAGUGGUCCAACGUCUACAACACGACCUUCAUCCGCUGGACGACGCACAACCCAAAGGGCCUGUCGGAUAAGGACCUCAAGCUCGCUAUGAUCUGCGACGCCCUGGCCAGGGACUUCGGCGAGGUCGAGGUGCCGCCGGCCGCCGGCGUCGAGGGCGACGGCGAAGCCACCAUCAGCUGCGGCAUCAGGGGCCUGGCCGAUAAAGCCGCGGGCACGGCAGGAGACUGCUGCACGCCCAAGAAGUGAGUGAAGUGGACCUCCGGCUCCCUUCCUGACCCGGCGGCUCUACCUGGUUUCGGGAACGAGGUCCGGCUCACCGUGGAGUAAAAAUAUCCUUAAUCGGACCCGCGCAAAGAACAAUUGUAACAAUCAUGUAUACUGUCAACGGACACAAAAAGGUUCAACCAGCGUGCGAAAAACAGAAAAAACAGUGAAA